AUGGAUCAGGGUGAAUUUGGAUCGAGUGAAAAUGAGUCUGAAUAUCUAACAACAGCUUCCUCCUCAGAAUUUGAGAGUACUUCAUCUGAUCAGUUUACAACCACUCAUGGUGGAUUUCAAGUGAAUGAAGUGAGCGUCUCAAUUACUGUGGCAUCACCACAAGUUACCACCCUUCUAAAUGAUGGAAGCUCUGAAGCUGGACAAACUUCUUUUACAGAAUUAGAUGUUAAUGGUUUGUCUGACGUUAGUAAUGAAAACACUUUUACUGAAGUGCCAAAUGGGAGUCCAGAAUCAGAAACGGAUAGUGAACAGGAUGAUUCUGAUGAAAUGGAGUCCCCAGGUCAAAUGAUCAAUCCUUUUUUGGGCUCAACGAGUGAAAGGUCAGAUGAAGGAAGCAGCAGGAAUUCUGGCAAGAAAGACAAUCCUUCUGGAGAGAGAAUGGAGUUCCGUGGUAAACCACAAAUGGCAGCAAAAGAUGAGUUCAAGAAAGAUGAAGAUUUUUCAAGAGCUCUAUUUCCAACCUCAACAGUACCUGCAGAAGAACUUGGUACUGAUAAUUCAGAUCUCUCAUCUGAAAGUUCCACAUUGAAAUCAACGUCUCUACGUUUAUUUGACACCUUCUCAACAGUGCCUCCAUUUGAAGAUAGUGGAAAUUUUACUAUUGAUUCAGAUGAGUUCCUUUUUAACUGCUGUGACUGCUGCCCCCCAGUACCAGGACAAAAGGGUGAACCAGGAGAGCCAGGCCAAGCAGGGCCACCAGGUGAAAAAGGAGAUCAGGGAAUAACAGGUUUACCUGGAUCCCCAGGGUUACCUGGCAUAAAGGGUUCUGAGGGAGAAAGAGGACCAAAAGGAGACCGUGGCCUGGAUGGAUUUGAUGGUCUUCCAGGAUUUAUAGGAAAACCAGGGGAAAAAGGUGAGCAAGGAGCAAAAGGUGAUAAAGGGAACAUUGGCUUCCCUGGAUUUAAAGGAGAUAAAGGUGACAAAGGAGGUCCCUGUGAAAAUGGCACCAAAGGAGAAAAGGGAGAGCAGGGGGAUGUGGGCAAAAUGGGGUUAACUGGAGAAAAGGGUGAGAAAGGUGAGAGAGGAGACAUAGGAGAGAAAGGAGAGUGUGGGGACAUUGGUGAGAAGGGAAAUCGUGGAGAUCCUGGUAUAGAAGGUGAAAAAGGUGACAAAGGUGAAAAAGGGGAUCCGGGGAUGGAUGGUAUCAAGGGAAAUGAUGGAAUUAUUGGAGAAAAGGGAAAUCAGGGCGAAAAGGGAGACAAAGGGGACCGAGGAUUACAGGGGCCAAAAGGAUUGGUAGGACCAAAAGGAAGAGAUGGUGGCAGAGGUCUGCGUGGGAGAAGAGGUAGUCGUGGACCAAGGGGUUUACCGGGGCAGAAAGGUGAGGACACAAAAAUCACACCAUCUGCAUUUAGUGUUGGAUUGUUGCCGAAUAAGUCCUUCCCUCCUGUUGGCACUCCAAUAAAAUUUGAAAAAAUUUUCUACAAUGACCAGAAUGCCUACAAUCCAGUAACUGGAAAGUUCCGCUGCAGUAUUGGGGGUACUUACUUGUUUUCAUAUCAUUUGACAGUGAGAAGUAGACCUAUAAGAAUUAGUCUGGUAAAAAAUGGGAAUCGGACCCUGAAGAGCAGAGAUGCAAUUUUCGGUCAAGAUAUUGAUCAGGCAUCCGGCAUGGUUAUUCUUAAACUGAAACCCAAUGAUGAAAUCUGGUUAAUGAUAACUCGAGAGUGGAAUGGGGUUUUUGCCAGUAAUGAUGAUGAUAGUACAUUUACAGGGUUUAUUUUGUAUCAAGACUAG